AUGGCUAGUCCUUCUGUGCUAGCUUUCGAUGCUGAGGGCCGCUCACUGAAGUUUGAGAUCUGGCUCGAUGACUUACACCUAUUCCUCCAGCUCACUGCCAAGGAGGAUAUCUCACUGUACGAUCACGCGCUAGGCCAUGCUACUUCCCCUGCUGCUACAGCUGACAUUACUGCCCGCUCACAGUGGCAGACUCGUGACGCUCACGCUCGCUUCGCUAUUCGCAACUCCCUGCCGGUAGAUGAGCGCGAGCACUUUGGCCAACACAAAACUGCGCAGGCACUGUACACUGCUGUAGUUGCGCGCUACUCCUUACCUGCCUCUGCUGCACUAGGCCUCAAGGACCACUUCCUAGCUCGCUGCCCCACUGAGCUCACCAUUGACCUCCUCGAGAAGGAACUGCUUGCAGCCGAGACUAGCAUAGUCAUUUUGGUACUGAGCAGGUCGGUACUGCGUCCACUCCGAGUUGGCGCCGCAGUGGCAAGGGCAGAGGGGGCAAAGGAGGUGGAGGUGACGGCGGGGGAGGCGGUGGUGGGGGUGGUGGCGGCGGUGGGGGUGGUGGCGGGGCUGGAGGGGCUAGUGGCGGCGGUGGGGGUGGUGGCGGCAGCGGCGGGGGAGGUGGCAGGGGCGGGGGCGGUGGUGGUGGCGGCGGUGGACGCGGAGGCGGCAGGGGCGGUGGUGGACGGGGUGGCAGCGGCGAAGGUGGUGGUCGUGGAGGCGCUGGCGGCGGCUAGAGCCAGCAGCCGACUCCGUCGCCCCAGGAGCUUCACGUGUGGGAGGGCGCACACCACGCAGCGCUGCUUCUCCCGCCUCGACGACGCUUGGCGUACUCAGUUCCCUGCUGCCACUAAGCUGCCCCGCUGGGCUGAUCUGAUGAAGAAAAACAUUGAUAUCUAUGCUCUAGACUUUGAUGCUAUUCUCACUGCCAUGUAUGUGGCGUCUACUAGUGGAGAGGGUGCUCAGUACCUGCGUGUUCCGCCCGACCCGGGCAUUCGGACCAGUGAGGCUACCGCUCUAUGUGCUAGUGCGUCUGUUGCCCUAGGUGCUGGUGAGGCUACUGCUCUAGGUGCUCGUGAGUCUGCGCCCCCUGGUACUGAGUCUACUGAGGCACUGCACACCUUCACACUGGACUCAGGUGCUUCUCACUGUUUCUUUCGUGACCGCACUGCCCUUGAGCAGCUUGCUCGGCCAGUUGCUGUCUCCCCUGCUGACCCCUCUGGGGGACGGGGGUGUCUACAAGUUCACCCCUGCCUACGAGUGCGUGACACACUGCACGUGUGCUCGGACGGGCCGUCACCUGGCUACCUUCACUCGGCAGCCGGGUCGGACCUGUACACACUGACCACUGAGUCCCCUCACGUAGCUGCGUCUGCGUCUACUUCAGGUCAGCUGUCUCCCCCCUACUCGUGUCGCUCUCUAGCACACGAGACCAUCCUCUGGCACCACCGCCUUGGUCACCCGUCAGUGCAGCGCCUUCGUGCCAUGCACGAACGGUACCUUGUCUCUGGUCUUCCCAGGGUUCUCCCUCCCCUCCCACCCUCACCUACUCCUCCCUGUCUUCCCUGUGUCGAGGGGCGGCAGCGCGCCGCUCCUCACUCCUCCUCGUUUCCCCCGACGACUGCUCCCUUGCAGACGCUCCACAUGGACGUGUGGGGCCCAGCCCCCGUCCGUGGACAGGGUCAGGAGAGGUACUUCCUGAUCGUUGUUGACGACUACUCGCGCUACACCACGGUCUUCCCCUUGCGCACCAAGGAGGUGGUGAGUUCUCCUCCGACCUCUUGGCAGCCUACUGUGCGGAGCACGGCAUCCGCCAGUCGUUCACGCUUCCGGCCUCUCCACAGCAGAAUGGGGUUGCUGGCGCCGCAUUGGCUUGCUCAACCUCUGGCCCCGUGUCUCCUUGCCGGAGACUUCCCCGACACUGCGUCGGACGGAGAGGUUGGUGAUGCGUCGCGUUUUCGGGUCCGGGGUUCUCGAGCUUUUGUUCGCGAUACGUCAGCGGACAAGCUCUCCUCCCGCGCUGUUCCUUGUGUCUUCCUUGGCUUUGUCCCGGACGUGUCUGGUUGGCAGUUUUACCACGCCACCUCGCGCCGUGUCCUGCCCUCACAGGAAGUCACUUUUGACGAGUUUGUGCCCUACUACUGCCUCUUCCCCUACUACACUGCCCCGUUCUCCCCCCCCCGCCUCUCUUCCUCGCGCCAGGCAGACCCGGUUGAGCCUGUCGAGGUAGCUGUCGACUCUUGUCCGGCUAGGGGUGCUGAGCCUGAGCGAGCGGAGCCUGAGCGUGCGGAGCCUGGGGGUGCGGAUCUUGGGGGUGCGGAGCCUGGGGGUGCUGAGCCUGGGGGUACGGAGCCUGGGGGUGCAGAGUCUGGGGGUGCUGCGCCAGGGGGUGCUGAGCCUGGGUGUGCUAUGUCUGAGGGUGCUGAGGCUGAGCGUGCUUCACCUGGAGGAGCUCUCUCCUCACAGGAGCUACGAGAGUGGCGGGAGCUGCCCUCUCCCCAGCGGCUUCGAGAGUGGUACACUCGGCAGUGCAGUCUCCGGAGUUACGCUCCUAGUGCCGCGGACCCUAGUGCUGGAGAUGCUGCUGCUGUUGGCGGUGCUGCUGGUGCUGGAGCUGCUCGAGGUGCUGCUGCUGGCGCUACUCGAGGUGCUCCUGGUGCUGGUGCUGCUGGAGCUGCUGGAGGUACUGCUACUACUGGAGGUGCCGCUGGUGCUGCUGGAGCUGCUGGAGGUGCUGCUGCUGCUGGCAGUGCUGCUGGCGCAGCAGGAGGUGCUGCUGGUGCUGGUGCUGCUGGAGCUGCUGGAGCCGCUGGUCCUGGGGGUGCUCGUACUGGAGGUACUGGAGCUUCUGGGUCUGGGCCUGUUGAGGGGGUUGUCGCUGGAGGUGCUGAGCGGCCGCGGCCGUACUACCGUGUCCCUCUGCCGUCUCCUCCUGCGUCCUCUCUUCCUGCUCUUGCUGACCCGGAGUCUGACUCUCUUUGUGCUGCCAGUCCUACUGUCACGCAUCUCCUUGCCACUGUUGUCACUGACCCUUCCUUCGAGUCCUCUGCUGCGUCUGCUCUAGUCGCUGAGCUUUGUGCUCUUGGCACGGACGUCCUUGAGGACAGACAGGAGGAGUUUGAGUGCUUUGCCGCUGCUUUGCCUCAUCUAGUGUCCAUGCUAGUUGCCCCUGAGGGAGACCCGGAUGCACCAGACAUCCCGACCCCACGCUCCUACGCAGAGGUGAUGGAGGGUCUCUACUCCUCUCAGUGGCAGACAGCCAUGGACGCAGAGAUCGCCUCCUGGAAAUCCACAGGCACCUACGUCGACGAGGUUCCCCCACCUGGGGCGAACAUCCGUGACUACGAGCUCCACUCUCUUGACUUCAGCAGUGCGUUACUACAGGGCAGCCUGUACGAGGAAAUUUGGCUGCGCCGCCCACAUGGCUUCACUGGGUCGUUCCCUCCUGGUACCCACUGGAGCCUCCGGCGGCCAUUCUACGGUCUCCGCCAGGCGCCCCGUGAGUGGCACGACACACUGAGGACUACUCUUGCGGCUCUUGGUUUUGCUCCUUCUACUGCCGGCCCGUCGCUGUUUCUAUGCACCGACACCUCUUUGCCGCCGUUCUACAUCCUCGUGUACGUCGACGACUUGGUCUUUGCCACAGCUGACACUGCUGGACUCGCCCACGUGAAGUCGGAGCUGCAGAAGAGACACACGUGCAUAGACCUGGGUAAACCGCGCAGCUACCUUGGCUUGCAGAUCACUUGGGAAAGAGCACAGCGCACCAUUACCCUGACUCAGUCACACAUGUUGCAGCAGGUCCUUUAG